AUACGCACGUCAUAGGGUACCCCCUAACCCCGACAAGGCCACUUUAAAUACUCAUUUCGCACCCUAAAAUACGUUUGCGCAACCUAUAAAUAUAUGUACAAGAAUCAGGGGACCUCCGCGAACAAUAAUCUGCAACAAUAACCCACACUUCCACAGGGGGACCUCUUCUCCAUAUUUACCACCAAAUCUAGACACUAAAUUUUGGAAAUUAACACUUCCUUCAAGAACUGCCACAAGAACAAACUGUACUAAAAAUGUUCAAGUGACUGAAGCUCCGACCAGCCCUAGAUUUUACACCUGGAAGUACAGCCAGUACAGCCGUGAAGUGUUUAAGGCUGAAGAACUGUAACAUUAAUCUGGUCUGACAGCUUUUGAGCUGUGGAUGCUCCAUGUCUAAUUUCACAAUGGAGCUACCAUGGAGUUCAUCCCAACAUGAAAUUAAAUUCGAAAUUAAGGAGGAAGUGAUUGAUCUUCAUGAUGAGAUGGAGUACUCUUGUGAUGAUUCCUUGUGUGGAAGAGGAGGCGACGACAGCAUCAGUAAAGUGAAUAAUCUUGAAAUCAGCUAUACCAAAGAGUCUUCUUCACACGAGGCUGAGCUGAAGGACAUGCUCGAUGAUUCGUGCCAUCCCGCUGUCAUAGAGAACAUAAUGUCAUCUUCCAGCAAGCGUAGAAAGCAGAGUCCUGCAGUUCAAUGUUGUAAUAGCACAGCCUCAGAAUCUACUGGUCUACUGAAACCCACACCUUCCCAGCUGAGAGCUCUGUGGGAGCUGGACAAUAAAUGUGCUAAUAAGUACAUGGGAAUGCCUCUGAGGCAGUGCUCUUCCACAGAGGCACCAGACCAGCCAGGUGCGGUUCCUCUACCUGUAGUAAUAAUGUCGAUUCUUGAGCGACAGAUCAAAGAUAUGUGGCGUAAACUAAGUACAGUACUGGAAAUCUAUCGUGAUAAUGAUAACCCUGACCUUGGCUACCGCCUCCGAGUGAAACCUGACUUGCCGAUCAAGUUAGUUUUCAAGCCUGCAGAUCAGAUAAUGUUUGGAUGGAAGGCCGUCUUCUCAGACAUUGGUCCAUCAUCACACCUGUACCUGCGCAGUAACCUCAAAGAGCAUAAUCAGUACCUGGGAGGACCUGUUUCCUAUUGCAACUGGGUGCUGUCUAAAGACGCGACUAUAACUGUCAGGCAGAUCUCGCAUGGGUCUGCCAGACAUCUAGUUCGGGUAGAAAGCAAAUCACUGUCUGCUGGAUCUGAGCUACUGUGGGAUUACGGGGAAAAAAUCCAACCUGUGUUUUCCAAUGAGGGUUGGUUUGUACCCAAGUGCUGCUCCAUAUUGGCUUCCCUUCCCAAAAACGUCUGCAUUGUUAAGAAGAAUACAUUGGAAGUGUUCCGUGAGCUCUGUGUCCUCUGUGGUAAACCAUACAGGGCUGCUCGGAGGGACUGGACCACUCGCAAGUCUCAGAAAAAGGUACAUUUUCUGAAUGACCAUGUCAACUUCCUCGGUACAGACUGGGAUGGCCAUGAGCUCUAUGACCCUUCAGCUUACUCAGUUGAUUACAAACGUGCGCUCAUUGCAGCGGAACGUCUCAAUAAGUUCAUUCAAAGGUUGGAAUCUGACUCUUGGCAUGUAGUGCCAGCUUGUGUGGUGAUUUCAAUGGAUGAGCGAGACAACCUUGACGCGGACUCUACAAUGCAGUUAUUUGUCGAGCGGUCAAAGUUUUUGAGAAGGCUUGGCUCAAUAGUUGUUCGAGGUCAUAUGAUUCCCUCUGUGGUCGAGCAUUUGGACCCAAUAAGACCAUCUCCAUGGCAUGUAAUCUUUACUCGUGAUAACAAACCUAAGAGGACGUAUUCACUUUCAAAAGAAGAGAAAGAGGCUUUGACCGCUGAAAUUAUAGAUGCAUCAUUGCAAGAUGUCAUGAUGGUUCUAAAUAUCAAUGAAAUGGAGAGUGAUGAAACAUCAUAAAAAGAUAGUGAAAGACAUGUGAAAUUACUUGAGCAAUGAGCAUGUUCAAUAAAAAUCCAAAGAACCAUU